AUGCAAGGGAAAUUGAAAGAGACUGCCCAAAAAGAAAAAGAAAAAUGUACCACUAGUGUUACUAUCUUAGAUGAUGAUGAAGAGAUGGAGGAAGCAGAAAUGUCAAUUGUGAAAAAGGGAAAAAGGAAAUCUACUUCAAACAUGCAUCCAUUUUUUACGAAAGGUAUAAAUGAUCCUUCCCAACCCACUAUCAAAUCUGCAAUGCAAAGUAAGACAAAAAUACAUGAUGUGGAUUUAGCUAUUGCUAUGUGGUUUUAUGAUGCAUGUAUACCUAUGAAUGCUUGCAACUCUCCUUUUUUUCAACUUAUGGUAGAUAAAAUAACAAGUAUUGGUUAUGGGUACAAAGCACCUAAUUAUCAUGCUAUGAGGGUUAAUUUAUUGAUAGAUGCAAAAAAGUCAGUUUCAUUGAUAAUUGAUUCGUUAAGAAGUCAAUGGGUUGAUACUGGUUGCACAAUUAUGAGUGAUGAGUGGAGGGAUGUUUCACAACGACAUUUGAUUAAUUUAUUGGUUUAUUGUCCGAAAGGGAUAUCAUUUCUUAAAUCCGUUGAUGCUUCUGAUAUGGAGAUCAAUGCUACAAAUUUGUGUAAUUUGUUUGCUGAGAUUGUUGAAAUGGCAGGAGAAAAAAAUGCGGUGCAAAUGGUAACUGAUAAUGCUACUAAUUACAAGCUUGUUGGUACUAAGUUAUGUGAAAGUUAUCCUUCUAUUACUUGGUCUCCAUGUGCAUUGCAUUGUCUUAAUCUUGUAUUAAAGGAUCUUUCAGAAUUAAAUAAUGUGAAAAGUUUGGUCAAUCUUGCAUCGAGGGUUACUGUUUUUGUUUAUAAUCAUAAGUGGCCCUUGAAUUGGUCAAGAAAAACACCCGGCUGGAAAGAAUUUAUCCGUCCAGGUGCUACUCGAUUUGGUACCGUGUUCAUUGCAUUGCAAAGUUUGUAUGACCAUAAAGAAGAUUUACAAGCAAUGGUCAUAUCUAAUGAGUUUAAGAAGAUGUUGAAAAUGGGUAAUGCGGUUGAAUGUAAACAAAUUGUCUUGAAUGAAAUCUUUUGGAAUAGUUGUUUUAUUAUAGUGAAAGUAAUGACUCCUUUGUUAAAGCUUUUGCGGUUGUGUGAUUCAGAUGAAAAACCUGCAAUUGGUUAUGUUUAUGAGGGAAUGCGUCAGGCAAGAAGAGGGAUUAAGAAAUUGUUUAAGAAUAAGAAGGAGUUAUAUAGGCCUUACACUAACAUAAUUGAUAGUCGUUGGGAUAGGAUGUUAAGAAAAAAUAUUUAUUGUGCGGCUUAUUGGUUGAAUCCCGUUUUUCAAUAUGAUCAUGCAAAUCUUUGUAAGAAGAAUGAGGUGUUUCAAGGCGUUAUUGAUAUGGUUGAGAAGACUUUUAAAGGUGAUGACAUGUUAAAUAUUACAUUGAAUUUAGGCAGGUUUCGUAAUGCUGAAGGUACCUUUGGUGGAUCUAGUGCCGUUGCUUCUCGUAAUCUUACUCGUCCAGAUGAGCGGUGGAAGUUAUUUGACGGAGAUAUUCUGGUUUUGCAAAAGCUUGCUAUUAGAAUAUUAAGUCAAACGACAUCUUCUUCCGGUUGCGAACGUAAUUGGAAUAUUGAAGAAGAGCGGGAAGGAGAACUUAAUUAUGAUGAUUUGGAAAAUAUGCUUGAUGAGCAAGAGCAUGAACCGGCUUCUAAAUCACAAGGUGACCAUGUUGAUCAUGAAGUUGAUAGUGAAUUUCAGUUACUAAGUGACCGCGAGAUCGAUGCUUAUAAUACUCCAAUUUCUCAAGAUCCAUGA